AUGGCCGUCUCCCCCGUCGUCGUCGCCACCGCCAACGCCGUCUCCCAAGACCUCCCACGGUCCGUCUCCUCGCCCCUGAAAAACACCGCCUCGGGCCAGACGUCGUCCAAUGGCACCCCACGGCCGGCGCCCACCCCGGCGACCGCCUCGGCGCCCCCGUCGCUCGAUUUUGCCGAGCUCAUGAACGAGGAGGAGAAGCGCAAGUACGCAAAGGGCAAGAAACUCGGUGAGGGAACAUACGCCAUCGUCUUCCUCGGCCACCUCCGCGCCCGACCGUCGACGCUUGUCGCCAUCAAGAAGAUCAAGGUGCAGAAGGAAUACACCGAGGGCAUGGCCCCCGACGCCGUCCGCGAGCUCAAGCACCUCCAGGAGCUGCACCACCCCAACAUCAUCUCGCUCCUCUCCGUCUUCUCCUCCAAGGACCAGAACCUCAACCUCGUCCUCGAGUAUCUGCCGCUCGGCGACCUCGAGAUGCUCAUCCGCGACACGGACCGCGUGCGCUACGGCGCCGCCGACAUCAAGGCCUGGAUGGGCAUGCUGACGCGCGCCGUCUGGUUCUGCCACGAAAACUUUGUCCUGCACCGCGACAUCAAGCCCAACAAUCUGCUCAUCGCCGCCGACGGCGACGUCAAGCUCGCCGACUUUGGCCUCGCCCGCAGCUUCGCCGACCCGCACCAGAACAUGACGGCAAACGUCAUCACCCGCUGGUACCGCCCGCCCGAGCUGCUCUUCGGCGCCCGCCACUACGGCGGCGCCGUCGACGUCUGGUCCGUCGGCACCGUCUUCGCCGAGCUCGUCAUGCGCGCCCCCUACCUGCCCGGCGCAAACGAGCUCGACCAGGUCAAGCUCAUCUGCGAGGCCGUCGGCACCCCCAACGACGACAACUGGCCCGGCGUCACCGGCCUGCCCGAGUACACGGUGCCCGCCCAGCACCCCGUCCGUGGCCGCGACUGGUACGAGAUGCGCUUCGGCACCGUCGGCCCGGACGGCGUCGACCUGCUGAUGCGCACCCUCGCCCUCGACCCCAAGCGCCGCAUCUCGGCCCGCGACAUGCUGCGCCACGCCUGGUGGCACUCGGACCCCAAGCCCACCCCCAACGAGGACCUGCCGCGCAAGCACGACGGCGCGCCGGAAAAGGUGGCCGCCGACCUCAAGAAGCGGCCCGGCGUCGUUGGGGGAGGGGACGAGGAGAACCGGGGGGCCAAGGUAGCGCGCAGGCUCGACUUUGGGGGAUGA